AUGAUCCAGCUGGGGGUGCCGGCGAAGAAUGGCUCUGGAUCGUUUGUCGCAACCAGUCAACGAGAGCAGAAAGCCUCCGAAAUAGAAAACACUACAACAUCUGGAAAGGCAAAUCCUCAACCAGACCAAAGUGGACUAAGAAAUCGCUUCUCGAUCAAAAGAGCACCCACAGUCAUCGCCGAUUCAUCCACAGCGACAGCCACUCACCCCGUCGCCAGCAGAUCCCCACCCGUCUUCAACGGUCAACCGUCCAUCGCCGCAGCCACCGUCAUCGGCAUCCUGGUCUUUGCCGCUUUUCUCUUCCUAGCCAUCUGGUACAUCCGCCGGGCACGAAGGGUUCGCAGCCUCCGCAACCUGCAGAACCACAGCCAAGACCCCUUCAGCCAGUCCUCAGUAACCCUCGCAGAAGACACCAGCAAAGCCUUGGAAGAUUUCCUCAUGAAAGAUGUCCGACCCGAGCGGACCUCCCUCAUGUUCAGCCGCAGCCGCUCGCCAUCCAUCACCUUCGUCGUGGACGACGCACGGCGCAGGAGCUUGAGCAGACUGUACCGGAACAGCUACGACGCAUCGACAAGCAGCCUGAGCAAGCUGGAUACCCUCACUCGCGUCUCGGCAGACACGUCUCGACCAAGCUUCAUUGUCUCGGAGCUGACCGCCACUACACAGAGUACCUCCAACACCGCGACUCUGCAGGCGUCCAGCAACAGGGACUCUGCGACACCCCGAGCCUCCAUGUCCAUGUCCUCCACCGUACCCACGACGAUCCGAUCCUCGCAGCUGUGGACGACGACCACCGGUACAACCGCGAACAGUUCUCUGCUCAGCUGUGACGCUACCAGCUCCCAGGCGUCGCCGACCAUGUGCCACAGCUCAAAUUCCCCGCCGAGCUCGGCUAGCUCUUUGGCUCGCUCGUAUCCCUCGAAUGCGUCUCGGGCUUCGAGUCGGCGGUCGGGGCAGGGCCCGCCACAGUUUGGCGUCCGCUUGAGCUACGACAGCGCGAGUGCUCGACGGUAUCAUGUUAGAUCUCACAGCCGCUCUUCUCAGGGUACAGUUGUGUCGCCGGUUACCGAGCCUGGCAGCAGUUCGAGCCAGUGCCCAUCUAUCUCCUCCACUCCGCCGCCUGGGCUCCGGCUCUCUGAGGCUUAA